UUACAACUGAAACAGUGAAGUCAGUUGAUUUAAAAACAUAACAUUUAGUAAAUUGUUCUUGAUUAGCUUAUGAAGCAAAAAUGGCCACAUUUUGCUGGUUCCAGCUUCUCCAAAGUGAGGAUGUACUGAUUUUCUGUCACUAAUUCAAAAUCUUCAAGUUUCAGUCUGCUGUUGGGGGAAAAAAAUCCAUUUGGACUUGUCAUCUUGGCCUUUUGGAAUUGGUGAUGGGCAAAUUAAAUAAUUGGUAUAUACCAAAUAGAAUUAACCUGUGUAGCGGACAGUUUAGAGUGUCGGCUUAAGCAACCAUGUAUGUACUGGUACAUUUUUAAUAUCCCCCAAUUGUAGCCCUCAGAAAAUAUAUAAGAUAAAACCUGUAAGACUACGACUAACACUUGAUAAACAGAUAACCCUGGACAAGGUAUAUUAACAUUAAAGAUAACAUGGGUGACUGCAAUGCAAUUAUUGGAAAUUAAAUACAUCCACAGGCAUGCAGAAGCCUCCAGGCGUGCUGAAACCAAAUAUGUCGAAUUAUGCAACUUGCAUAAACGUUAUGUGGUGUGGUAACUUGAAGCCUCCAGAACAUGUGAGCCUAGAAAAUACUUAUGUAAGGUGAAGUAUGAGACACUGUGUUCAGAUAUUAAACUUUAAAAAAAAAAAAAAAAAAAAGAUUUGUUCUGGAUAUUUCAGUAAGGGAAUAGGAGUGGAUAUGCUUUAAAAAUGGAUCAGAAAAUUAAUAUUCAAAACAGUAUUUGUUCAUGUAUAAAACAUGUCUGGCGGGGCUUUUUUUAAUUUAAUUUAAUUUAAUUUAAUUUUAAAGGUAAAGUAGCCUUGAUCCUAGCACCAACUUCAGUCAAAGAUGCUCCAACAUCAGUCCUGCAAAGUCACACAGGUUGCAUAUAACAGCACAGUCCUCAGUUUUAGAGUCCUUUGAAUAUUUAAUGGCAUCCAUAUAUUCUUCGGGUUCAUUGUUAAGAUAGGACAGAAUGGUUGAGAACCACAGAAUUUGCAUUUGUGGAUGUGGUAUGUAACAAGUAACAAUAAAAGAUAUAUUAUAAAACAUUUUUCUACAUUUUAAAUCUUAAAAUCAAACAUGCCAAAGGAAAUAUCCUUAAAACAAACAGAAAAAUCUGCAGUGAAAAAUGUUUGGAUGAACAUUAGAAUAUCUGACGAGAAUACCUCUGUAUGAGGACGAUUCCUAAACAAAAAAAAUGAGCAGUCAGACUCAGUAUCGUAUCAUGUUUAUUUAAAACUAUGUAAAGAAUUGUGACGAUGUCUUUUUCUAAUUAAGCUCUAAUUGCUUGAUUAGUACCCUGAUACUGUGUGGAAAAGCAGUCCUGGCUCUGUUCUGUUUGUCUGUGUGACGUUUACGGAAGUCCCCAACAUGCUCUCGCGAUAUUUUGGUACAGCCGUGGGAUUUUGUAAACCAAGGGUUGUGGCUGAGGGGGAGGCUUAACAGGAAUCCCUUAAUAUGAGUGAUGAUAAACCUUUCCAAUGUACUGCUCCAGGGUGUGGACAGAGAUUUACAAAUGAGGAUCACUUGGCUGUCCACAAACACAAACAUGAGAUGACCCUGAAGUUUGGCCCAGCAAGGAAUGACAGUGUCAUCAUUGCUGACCAGACACCUACACCCACACGCUUUUUGAAGAACUGUGAGGAGGUUGGACUCUUCAAUGAGCUUGCAAGUCCAUUCGACCAUGACUUCAAAAAAGCGACUGAAGAUGACAUUAAAAAGUUACCAUUGGAUUUGUCACCGCUUGCAACGCCUAUCAUACGCAACAAAACUGAGGAGCCCACAUCUCUGGAGGCACAUCGAGAUAGCCCUCUGCCUCACCCUGAAUCCACUACAAAUGAUGACAAGGAUUUAUCUUUGCAGCCAGCCUCACUGCCAACAUCCACUAUAGUCCAUCCUGCAUCCCUCCAAGUUCCCAAUGUACUUCUAGCAACCUCAGAGGCUAAUGUUGUAAUACAGCAAGCGCUCCCAUCACCAACAUCUAGCUCUGUUAUUACGCAAGUCCCAUCCACUAAUAGGCCUAUAGUCCCAGUGUCUGGCACCUUCCCGGUGCUCUUACAGCUGCCUAACGGUCAGACCAUGCCAGUUGCUAUACCCGCGUCUAUUACAAGCUCAAGUGUACAUAUCCCAACUACAAUCCCUCUUGUCAGACCUGUCACCGUAGUGCCUAACGUCCCCGGGAUCCCAGGACCUCCCUCGCCACAGCCACAGCCCGCCCAAUCAGAAGCAAAGCUGAAACUGAAAGCCACGUUAAGCCAGCAGCUUCCUCAGGUAACCAACGGAGAUGGUGGUGAAGUCCAGAGCAGCGCCGUAACCCACACUGCUGCUCCCACUUCUCCUGCCCCCACCCCAAGCCCAGCCCCAGCCCCAGCCCCAGCCCCAGCUCCAGCCCCGAUCGCGGUCCUAACUCCCGCUCCGGCUCCUCACCUGCCCACAACUGAGGAACCUUCUCCCCAUUCCCUUCAGCAGCCGGCUACGUCUACCACAGAGACACCUGCUUCCCCAGCGCCCCCCGCGCCAAACCCUCCAAGCACAGGGGGUCGGCGGCGCAGAACCACAAGUGAAGACCCUGACGAGAAGCGGCGCAAGUUCCUGGAGCGUAACAGGGCCGCAGCCUCUCGCUGUAGGCAGAAGAGGAAAGUGUGGGUCCAGUCUCUGGAGAAGAAGGCUGAGGACCUGAACUCUGUGAACGGACAACUACAGAGUGAAGUCACCCUGCUGAGAAACGAAGUGGCUCAGCUGAAGCAGCUUCUUCUGGCUCAUAAAGAUUGCCCUGUAACCGCCAUGCAGAAGAAAUCUGGCUAUCACAUCUCUGACAAAGAUGAGAGCUGCGAGGAAAUGUCCGUCCCCGGCAGUCCCCAGAACGAGGCCAUCCAGCACAGCUCCGUCAGCACCUCCAACGGGGUCAGCUCCUCCUCCAUGACCCCGGCCGUCUCCGCCCCAUCCAACGCCGCCACCACCACCACGUCAAACCAGAGCACAGAGGAGAGCCAGUCUCAGCCUUCAGGGAGUUGAUCGUCCCAAACUGUGCCCCGAGCGUCAACACUGGAGCGCUGUUGCCUCUUCGAUCUCUGACAAACAGAGCAAAGGGAUUCUCUCUCAGCUUCAGUUUGGACCGUGUCAUUGUUUAUUUAUUUCUUGAUUGCUUUGUUUAUGUUUGUUUUGUCCUCCGUUGGUGAUGCUUUUUUUUUU